ACAUGAGGAUGCUUUUUUGUCGAGCUCCACUCUUCCGUCUCUCCUCAAGUCUGAAAAACAUAAUCAGACGUGCAUUCAUGCGGUAAUAAACCAGUAAAGACCAAACAUGUUACUUUUGACUGCAGUUAUUGGAUCAAUCUAUACUGGUCAAUCCUGGAUUUAAAACUGAUUAUCGUUUUACGGACACUCUCUGGAAUAACUGGGAUGGCCAAGGUGUCAUUAAUACAUUUGGCAGUUUUGCUUCUCAUUGGACUAACAACCGCAAUGGCCAACGGAUUUCCCCCCUCUCAUCAAGUUGCGCUUGUGAAAAACCUCACGCACGAUUUAUUUUCCAAAACAUCAACUGCGACUCAACCUGAUUUUGAAUCUGCUAAUAAAGUUGCAGCGCCGUGUUGCCAGCUCCCGAAACCGCGGAGAAGAGCCAAGAGAUGCACAUGUUACACGUACAAAGACAAGGAGUGCGUUUACUACUGUCACCUGGACAUCAUCUGGAUCAAUACACCAGAGCGCACUGUCCCAUAUGGCAUGUCAAGUUAUAGAGGAUCCCAUAGGGCGCGGCGUUCUGCCGAAGGCAACAGAGGAGGUCAGCGCUGUGCCUGUGCUUCACAAAGCAACCGAGAAUGUAUGGCUUUCUGCAGUCAAAGCAGGGAGAAGUCAACAUGACCAUCUGCCGCAGCAGCAGCAUUUUUUUACUUAUAUGUUGGACUGCCUGUCUAUUCCUCUGUCCCAACACCUGGAUAAUCACCUUAGAGAAAAGGUUAAUGUCUGUCCAAAGGGAAGACCAUUGGAAUUCCAUUACUGAGAGCAGCAGGGAGGAUCAAUGCAUAUUUGGGGGAGUACUUAUGCUGACAUCGUGAAAGUAUUACAUAACAGCAUCCAAGCAAACUAAUCUCAAUGUGGCUUAUAAUAAGGGACAUUUUCCAAACUCUACUGAUUAGCAAUCCAUUGAUUGCCAUCUUCAAGAGAAUAUUUUUGCUCAGUCACGCUUAUCUGAGAUGUGUGUGUCGGUCUGAAUUAGGGAAUGUUAUUGCCACUGGCCGCUAAAAUCUGACUUCCAAUGCAAACAUGCUUGUCAGGUUUGAUUGAUGGUCACUGAGCCAUUAAGUGAAGUUUUUACUUACCGUAUCCAGAGAUCAAUGUUUUCAUUACCUUGUCUCUGCAAGUCUGUGAGGUAAUUAUGGGUAGUGUGAUUAUUUAAAGGAAUAUUUAGGGUUCAAUACAAGUUAAGCUCAGUCGACAGCAUUUGUGGCAUAAUGCUGAUUUACCACAAAAAUUUGACUUAUCUCUCCUUUUCUUCUUUAAAAAAAAAGCAGAAAUCGAGGUUACAGUGAGGCACUUACAAUGGAAGUGAAUAGGGCCAAUUUUUGGAGGAUUUAAAGGCAUAAAUGUGAAGCUUAUAAUUUUAUUAAAGCACUUUGUGGCAGGGACCCGGUCCCAUAUUGGGCUAACGAUCUCACUCUCCCGCACGAUAUUCUGCAGUUGACCUUUAAACCUCAGCGGCUUGAUUAGCCCAAUACGGGACCGGGUGUGUAUGAUCACGACCCGGCCCCGCCCACCGCCCUGCCACACACUUACAUUAAUUCUUCUGUUAAAACUCAUGUAGUAUUUGAGUGGAAAAGUUGUUUAAAUUGUAAUUUUUACAGUAAUUUUAGGAUUUUAGGCUUUGUUGACAUUGCAUCUUCAUCAGUAUUGCCACUCCCCAUAUGCAUAUUAUGCAGUCUGCGUAGGGCACCAACUCCUUAGUGGGGCACUAUCUUACCCUAGGGAGGCAUCAGAAAAUCCACCGGCUGCCCUUACCUGCACGUAAAGCUGGCUCUGCACAAGCUGAUUUUUCCAAUGAUUUCAGGUGUUAGUUUCAUUAACAUAAUCACUGGCCAGACAGUGGGAGACAUACUCCCAAAUGAGUUAAUGCCUUGAAAUGCUGAAAAUACACAUCAGGCAGUGCAGUUCAUGUAUAAAGUGUUUUUUGCUGGAGGGCAGAAGCAAUUUUUUCUGCAGACAAAGCUCUUUGGAGACAGCACGUACUGUAUGCCAUAUCAUGAUAGACUAUUAAAAGAAAAAAAAUUGUUGGCGAUCGCUGCCGAACUCAAUGUACAUGAUAAGGAACCUUUUAAAUGUACAAUAAUGAUUAUGAGUAGCCAGGUUGUAAUUAAGAUUUAUACUACUGCUGUAGUGAUAAGGCACAGAACAAAGUCAAAGGCAGUCAUUAAGUGUGACACCUUCCCGACGUUUUAAUCGGUAAAUGUGACAGGCUCACUGACUAGGAGGGCAAGAUUAGAAAAAACAGACAAUCACCUCAACCCAAUUUGAGUUUUUCUGAGUCUGCUAGUGUAGAGCCAGCUUAAUAUGUUAUUCAAGUACCUGGUAGUAGUUGCAGACCCCCGAUCACAGAGCUCUGUGUAAGACAUCAAUUUGGCCAGCGGUGGCCCUGAUCGUCAUGGCAACGAAGUUGUAAAAUUGGCUGUAACUUAAAACAGGCUUACGUUUAAUGUAUCAUUGAAAACCAUGAACAAAACUACACAAAGUAAAUAAUACUACACAAACAAAACAAACAAAUUUGGUGUCGACCACAAUGUGUUAUAUACUGUAUGAUUUGUGCUGUGAAUUGUUGGCUGCUUUGAAACUAUUGAAAUUCAAAAGACAUUUAGAAACCAACAUUGUCAAUGGUACUAUUUAGCCUAUGCAUUUAAUCAUUUUGCUCAUUGUUGGACCUAUGCAGUUCAUGGUUAUAUUAAAACAUUCCAAUAUUUGGUUUUAAAGACAUUUUUGUUUAAAAUUGUAUUAACAAAUUAUUUCAGUACUAUGUUGCUUUUGUCACUUGAUGCCCAAAUAUAAAAUGUAAAAUCUGGGCCCUGAAGCAAAACCAGUUGAGAACCACUGCUAUACAGUAAACUGUACAUUAGUUUAAUUUUACAUUGUAACAUUGGAUUAUUCAAAAGAAAUGUGUUCAUAAUUAACAUUUUGAAAACUGGUCUUUCCUAAUUUGAUACAUGCAUAUCAGGUUUUCUCCACAGUAAGGAUAAUUAACUUUAAGACAAAAGGAAAACCAUUUUCCAGGCAUAGAAGUCAUUAUUGUCAUGACUAACCAUAAUAUAUACUAUUAAGUGCCACCAUAUUACACAACAUAUGAAUCAUGACUCAGAGUAUAUGUAAAGUAUAUAUUUAUUCUGCACAAUACAGUCUACAUAUUUAAUCAAAAAUUAUUUAAAGCAGAAUGUGGUAUAAUUUGUAUCUAUUUCACAAAAAUAAGCCAGUUAUUCCAGUUAUAAACACUACAAUUAACUAAAACUGAUUGUGUGAACUGCUGAACUGCACUGCUACCUGUUCUUUUCAUGCCUAACAUACAGGUCAUUCAAAUGUACAAAAAUUC